CGGUGACUGCAGAAGACGCCAAUAUGGCGGGUAUGCGUUCUCAGCGUCAACAUAACUGCGGACAGUUUUAGCCGGUUAUCAUCUAAUUCGAUCACUUAAAUGCCGACCCAGCGUUCGUGAAAGUUUCUUGGAAUAUCGAAGUUUUGUUGCCGAAAGUGGAGGUCUCCCAGCGAGAAAACGAAAAUGGCAGGACCAUCUGGACCAGGGUCGGGGCCCCUUCCCGCCGACAAGCAAAGCCUGAAGCAUCUAGCCUUCUUCUACGCGACGGUCUGCGCCGUCUGCGACGAUCCGUGUCUGUCGGUGGAUGGGCUGUCAUUGCUGAAAACCUGUGGCGGCUGUCACCUCAUCUCUUACUGUGGUGAAGAGCACCAGAAGCAGCAUUGGAAGUUCCACAAGGAAAUGUGCAUCAUGCUGAAGCACACUCUGAAGAAAAUGGGCGCCAACAAAAUCAGGGGUUACCGCAUAAACGAUGAUCUCGAGGAACGAAAUGAUAUGUUUACCGAAAACGCCUUUGGGUUUAAUACUUAUCGAUAUUACUUGUACUUUAACGUACGCAAGCAGAUUAGACGUAGUCUAUCUACAGCAGAGUCUCGCAUGAUCUUGUACCCAAGAAUGUGUAAUAUCUGCUAUUCUAAUGAUGUGAAGCAGCUGAGAGUUUGCUCAAAAUGUCUGUGUGUGUCUUACUGUUCUGAAGACCACAAAGAAAAAGAUAAAGAUAGGCAUUCUAAAGAUUGCCCAGAACUAAAAGUGUGCUUUGAAAUAGAUAAGUCACUCCUUGAGGCUGUUGGAUUUGGGGAUAUUCCUCUCUCUGACCCUAUGUCUGCAGACUUUCUUCAAACAUCAUGUCUUGAAAAAAUCAAAAAGUAUUCAGAGUCAUUGCUAGAAAAUUUGGGUACGAUUGAAGGUCGGGUACUCACAGAUGUGAUGUCUGCGCCAAUGACAAUUGUACACACUGUUUAUUCCUUGGACCUGGCUUCAAAUAAGGUACUUUCAGUGGAGCUUGUUGGAGCAGGAGGAUUUGAAAUGCAAUAUUUUGAAAAAUGGGAACAAUUAUUGCAUUGGCUGCCUGGACUAGAGAAACUAACAUUGACAUUUGUUGGACCUGAUGUUGGAGACUUUGAGUCAAAUCUAAAGCUGUGUGGAUCCUGUAUUUCUAGAAAUGUAGAUUUGAAAAUUGUACGAUCUUCUCAAUUAUACCAUGAAUUUAUAAAUGUUCAGAGCAGACCCGAUUUGAUAGUUGCCUUUAAUGCUGGAUUCACAGAAAAUAUCCAAAGUAAAAUUAAAGAUACCUGGAAAGAGACUAUUCCUGAGAUACUCAAACGCAACUGUCCCCUCCUUGUCACUUCUUAUACACACAAGGAGUCUAAGAAUGAUUUAAGUCGAGUUCAGGGACUUGUUAAAGAUGUUAAUGUAAUUAUGGAGUGCCAAAAAAAUAUAUUUUCUGCAAGCAAGCCUCUUCAGGACUGGGAACAGCAUGAUGAUGAAACAGUACCUCAGGUGUACUACAAGAAUUAUUACCUAUUUACUGUCAGAUCAUAAGUGAUUUUGAAUGUGAUACAGAGAGUAACCGUACAUGUUUUCAUUCUCUGCUAUUUUUUAUCAGGCCUUUUUAUUUCAUGUUGUUUUUUGGGGGUUUUCUUUAGAUUAUAGCUGCCAUGUUCUUACCCACUUGUUGAACUGUUGUUACCAUAAUUUUAAAAUAAGGAUGUGUCUGGUUUGUAUUUUAUUAUUCUGGAUGAAUUAACAAGUACUGUAUAUCAUUGUUUUUGAAUGAGGAUCCUGUCACAUAUUAUCAUCAGGUCAAAGUUGUUGGAAUCUAGUCAUUUUGAAUUCAUUUUUUCUGGGUUUCCUGGGGGAAAAAAUAAAGCUCUCUUGUGGCAAUUGCGUAUCUGUGUUUUUUUAUCUUAGUCUGAUUCUUCACUGAUGUUAUUUGGAAGUUUCUGUGAGAAUUCACAUCAUUCCAUGUGUUUAUAAAUCUUUUCUGUCUUUAUUUAUACUUUGUCAAUCCUCCCCGUGCUCCAUGUUUUGAUUUGAUCAGGAAUUACAUGUUUUUUUUUGUGAAUGAAA